AGACGGUAGCAGAGAGUCACAAGACUCAGUCACUGCCCGUUGUGGUUCUUGGUCUGCUGCAGAUACUGGACUGAGAGUUCAGGAAAUUCCUACAGACUCUGGGGCAGGGAUUUUGGCUUGCGCAUAUGCUAUUGGAAAAGCUGACAGUUUUGAAAGGGGUCUUGUAACUGCCUGGAGUCAGUCGGAAAAGAAAGAGAGCGAGAGACAGAGACAAUAGGCCUCAUGCCAUCUUUAAAGGGUGUCUCAGUCUACUUUUAUCUCCCUGUUACACCCUGAGUGCAUUAGCUUUGACUUCAGGUUGAGAGCCCAUGGUCAGAAUGAUGACCCAGGAACAGUGCCCUCAUAGAAACAAUGUCCAAAGUACUGAAAAGCCACAAGUUUAUAAAGUGGGGAUAUACGGUUGGCGGAAACGUUGCCUUUACUUCCUUGUACUACUCCUCAUGAUCCUCAUAGUGGUCAACCUUGCUCUCACCAUCUGGAUCCUCAAAGUUAUGAACUUCACUAUAGACGGCAUGGGUCACCUGCGUAUCACAGAAAGAGGCCUGAAACUGGAGGGCGAUUCGGAAUUCCUUCAGCCGCUGUAUGCCAAAGAAAUCCAGUCCAGACCAGGAAGCCCAUUGUUCCUGCAGUCUUCUAAGAAUGUGUCUGUCAACAUCCUCAAUGAGAAGAAGCAAUUAGUAUCUCAGCUUGUUGCAGGUUCUCAUGGAGUUCAUGCAAGAGGCAAAAUGCUGGAGGUAAAAUCAAGUGCAGGAAAGUUGCUCUUCUCUGCUGACGACAAUGAGGUUGUAGUUGGUGCAGAGAGAUUACGAGUUAUGGGAGCUGAGGGUGCAGUGUUCAGCAACUCAGUGGAGACCCCGCACGUGAGAGCUGAGCCCUUCAAAGAGUUACGGUAAGACAGUGGGAGUGUUGCUGAGGACAAUGCUAGAGAUCACUCUGUCAUGCUGAUUGAGUUAGAAUAA